CAAAGUCCAUCAAUCAAUGAAAAGUCUGAUUAAUCAAAUCAAAGAUUAGCCAAGUAAGGCCACAGGAAAUGAGUGAAACUUCAAAUUCAACCUGAUUUAGUAGUAUUCAGUGGGUUUUGUUACUGGAAUUGCUGAAGUUGGUCCUACUCUAUUAGCAGCAAAUCUUUGAUUUCCCCCAUUUGAAUAUCAAAGCUUUUAUCAAUCUCUCGAUUAUUUAUGUUCCGUGCAGGCGGCGGUUUUGAUUGAUCAAUCUCCAUUGUUUGUUGGUAGACUAGUCUUUGAUUAACUCAUCUUUCUAUUGGGUUAGGAUUUAAUUUUUUCUUUACCAAAUUGCAAUUUCAUGAUUUUGUCAAUAAUCUUAGCUAAAAUAAUCCAAUUUGAGGUUUUGGAUUCUUCUGUAUUUGAGACUAUCUUCUUUUAUGAGGAAUGGAAAUGCUGCUCAUAGUUUAGGUUGAGAACACUCAUCUGUGGCACAAAGGUAGCGUGUAUGAACUAUUGAUAGCGUUGCAUUUCAGUUCCUGUUUUAGCGGAAUGUGUAAAUGGUUGGUCGGAAUGCAACAUACUAUCACUUAUAAAGGAUCUGCUUUGCAGUCUAUUGAAUUUGUUUUUAUUUAUUUUUUGUGGUUGAUAUGAUAAAUGUAAAUCUUUUGUUUAAUGGACUGAGCAAAUUAGAAGGUUAAGUGAGUCUGUCCAGUCGAACUGGAAUUCGACUUGUUAAUAUGUUAUCACACUGGGCUUUGUUGGUCUUGCUCUUGAGUUGUGAAGCUUUGGAAAGCAAGGAAUAUGUGAUUGUUUGACAGUAGGUCUAGACUGCAACAAUCCUUUUAGGCAUCGGUUGAUUAACUACGGGCUAUAGUUUUCAGAGAUUUUGGACAGUGCUUUGUCAAUUGAGCUUAGUGAUUUUGUAUUUCUUCAAUUGAAUUGUUUGGGCUCUUCCUAUUACUUUAUUGAUUGAUUUUGUCUCAGAUUGAAUGUGAAACGCUAUAAUCUUUUAGGGUUUAAGAGGAGACGGAAAUUUGGUUCUGUCAGUUGCCUCCUCAUUUUCUUUGCAUUCUUUGCCUUUGGAAUAGCAUAUCCAAUCUAAAUAUGUUUUACUGUUGUUGCACUCAACCAUCCAUUCUGUCCAGGGAACUUCUGCAGCAAUUACCUUCUGAACAAUUGAUGUGAGACAAAUUGGUAUUGGAGUGUAGUUAACUCGAUUUAAGCUUGUUAAAAUUAUAGAAUUUGAUCGCUUUCAUCCGUCAACUAGCCCAGGUGAGGGAUACUUCUACUCACUCAAAUUAUGCUUGUCUCACCAUCAAACAGACGCUUUUUCCCUAUGUGCCAUACCCCAAGCCAAUAGCAAAACUUUGCUUAACUUGAGCAAGAUUCUUCAUAAUUAAUGGGAUUGUGAUACUUCAAACUCGUACAAAUGCAUUUAUAGUUAUACUUGCAGGCUGCAGCAUCCACUGCUUCAUUACAAACUCUUGGUGUAUUGCUUAUGCCUUUACUUUUGUCCCAUGGGAAUAAUGGGAGUCAUGGGGCACACCACCCACUGAUACAAGUAAAGAAAGAUUUUCAAAGUAGUCCUGGAACAUCCACUGCUUCAUACUGCUGUUGCUGGGAGUCUGGGACACAUCAUCCACUGAUACUAACAAAGUAUGGGAGCACCUGCUACUUUAACUUUACCCGUAGAACAUCAUCAUUAACAAGUUUGAGAAUCUCAGAGUCGGAGGAAUUUCAGAGAGACCUGGAAGAAAUUAGCAAAUUUCAUGGCAAUCAGAUCUGCUGAUUAUGAUGAGCCGUUGUUACUCACUGAUACUUAUAUUGAAGGUAUGGUGAAUUACAAAGGAGACAAGAUCAAGAACAACAACAGUGAGUUUUGGGAUGGAAAUCUGCUUCUCGGGUUAUAGUAACUGGUGGCAUAGAAUCAUUCAUUUUCUAUGGAAUUUCUGCAAAUCUAAUUAGCUUUCUAAGUAUCCAGUUAGGACAAUCUACAGCAACAGCAGCACAGAAUGUUAAUACUUGGACUGGUUUCAUAUUUAUGCUUCCAGUACUUACUGCAUAUGUUGGUGAUUCAUAUCUUGGCAGAUUUCAUACCAUCUUGUUUUCUACUAUCAUCUAUGUUUUGGGACUUGGGUUGUUAACACUAUGUACUUCACAAUUGACUGCCUGUUCUGACAAUGCCGGGGUAGAAAACCCUUCCUGUCCGUCUCCGGCUACUUUUAAAGUAAUCUUCUUCUUUUCUUCAUUGUAUCUAAUUGGAAUUGGGAGUGCUGGAUACAAGACCUGCGUACCAGCUUUCGGUGCAGACCAAUUUGGCGAACGAAAUUCUCAUGAAUCCAAGUCCAAUAAUUCAUUCUUUAAUUGGUGGGUUUUCGGAACAUCUGUUGGAUCAUGCAGUUCUCACUUGAUUUUGCACUAUGUCCAAGAUAAUUUGGGCUGGGGUCUUGCAUUUGCAGUUUCAUGCAUUUCAAUGGUAAUAGCGCUAGUUGUUAUCAUGUCUGGUAUAAAAUCCUACCGCUACCCUCUAAAAAAAGAUGCAGAUAAGGUGAACCCAUUUAAUGGAAUAAUCUAUGAUUUGGUUAACGCGUUCAAGAAUUGGAGAACCACCUCAUCACCAUCAUCAUCAUUGGCAAUCACCAUCCAAGUGGAUCCAACUACUAAUAAGUCACAGGGAUCAAGGAAAGCUGGGACAGAGUCUACUAUUGGCAAGAUUGAAGGUGUAAACGCUGUACUGCGGUUGGUUCCAGUAUGGAUUAUAUGUUUGAUAUACCCAAUAGUGCAGUCUCAAGUUAUUACUUUCUUUAUUAAGCAAGGGAGCACUAUGGACAGAUCGAUAGGAUCAGGCUUUCAGAUACCCACAGCUUCAAUUCAGAUCUUCCUUAGUAUAUCCAUCAUGCUGUUCGCAGCAGUGUACGGCCGUACAUUUGUUCAAAUUUCUCAAGCUUUUACUGGAAAACCAAACGGCAUAACUACACUUCAGAGAAUUGGUGGUGGCAUAUUUAUUUCUGCCAUGUCAAUGGUUGUAGCAGCUACUGUGGAGAACAGAAGGCUUAAAAUUGCUCAGGAGUUUGGUUUGGUUGAUGAUCCGAAAGCAACAGUUCCUAUGGUUGUCUGGUGGUUGAUUCCGCAAUAUGUCCUGUCAGGUCUUGCUCUGGUGUUUGCUUGUGUCGGUUUACAAGAGUUUUUCUAUGAUCAAGCUCCCGAUGGGCUAAGGAGUGUUGGUCUGGCCUUGUACUCAACAAUGUUGGGCAUAGGACAUUUCCUCAGUGUCCUCCUUAUAUCAGUGAUUCAGAAGGUAACUACUGCAGGCGGUCACCACGGAUGGAUCGCAAACAACAUAAAUCAAGCGCAAUUAGAUUACUUUUACUUGUUCCUAGCUGGUCUCAGUGUAAUAGAGCUGGUUGCGUUCUUACUUUUCUCAAAAUCUUAUGUAUAUAAGCGAGGAACUGUGUAAUGUAAUCAGGGAUCAAGAAAGAGUAAUUUCUGUCAUAAUGUACAGAAAUCAUCAAUUACUUUGCUUAAACCGCAGUGGACAGAAAUCAUCUCCGGAGGAUGUUGCAAUCAGACAAUUUGACGAGGAAAACAUAAGUGCCAUCUAUGGAUGCCAUAACCAGACAAUGUUUUCGACAAUCCGUUUGCGUAGCCUCCUGCACCAUCCUAACAUAGCCGAUCUGAUUGGUGACAGCAUGAAUGAAAAAAAUGAAUUACAUGAUCUUCCGUGCAAUAAGAAGAAGCCUCUGGACUGGAAUACGAGGAUGAAAAUUGCAGCUGGUGCAGCUGAAGGACUACAGUACUUGCUCGAUAAAUCCAAUUUUCCUGUAAUCCAUGGAAAUGUCAAACCCUCCAACAUUCUCAUAGGCAAAGGCUACGAACCCAAGCUGUCAGAUUAAGAACGCAUUCCAGAACGUGACGAGUCUGGCUAUACCAGGUUUUUCAGCCGCCAGGGCCAUCGUCAUGCACCUGAAUUUCUUGAAAAUUUUAAGCUCACUCAACAAUCCGACAUCUAAUAGUUUCGGCUUAGUCUUGCUUGAACUGAUUUCAGGGCGCAAAGCAGAGAAGAAGCCUAGUCUCACUGAAUGGGCAAUUUGUAAAUUGGUGGUGUACGGUGAGGAAUUCACUACAGUAGCUGAUCCACUGCUGGAAGGCCGUUAUCCAGAGCAAGGCUUGUACCAAGCUCUUUCUCUUGCAGCUGAGUGUUUACAGCACAAAGAUGUCACCCGGCCUCGUAUAGGAUAUGUUGUGAAUGUUUUAUCAAAUUUAGCUUCAGAAGUGUACGAUCAGAAUGCAAUCCAAUUUAAUCGAGCAGGCACAUUGUUUCUUUGAGAAGGAAAGACUAACACAGCAAUGGCGAGGUGUCCAUUGUUUCUUUGUUUA